GAGCUGGGUGAGGUCCCGGAGCCGCCAUGGGCCGCCGCCCGGCGCGAUGCUACAGGUACUGCAAGAACAAACCGUACCCCAAGUCCCGGUUCUGCAGAGGGGUCCCCGACCCCAAGAUCCGCAUCUUCGACCUGGGCCGCAAGAAGGCCAAGGUGGACGAGUUCCCCCUAUGCGGCCACAUGGUGUCGGAUGAGUACGAGCAGCUCAGCUCCGAAGCGCUGGAGGCCGCUCGUAUCUGUGCCAACAAGUACAUGGUGAAGAGCUGCGGCAAGGACGGGUUCCACAUCCGCGUGCGGCUGCACCCGUUCCAUGUCAUCCGCAUCAACAAGAUGCUGUCGUGUGCGGGGGCCGACAGGCUGCAGACCGGGAUGCGUGGGGCCUUCGGGAAGCCGCAGGGGACGGUCGCUCGGGUGCACAUCGGUCAGGUCAUCAUGUCCAUCCGCACCAAGGCACAGAACAAGGAGCAUGUGGUGGAGGCUCUGAGAAGAGCCAAGUUCAAGUUCCCUGGGAGGCAGAAGAUCCACAUCUCCAAGAAAUGGGGGUUCACCAAGUUUAACGCUGACGCCUUCGAGGAGAUGGUUGCCCAGAAACGUCUGAUCCCCGACGGCUGCGGAGUCAAGUACGUCCCGUGCCGGGGGCCGCUGGACCGCUGGAGGGCUCUGCACGCUGCCUGACCCCCCCCCCACCGACGGCAGCGUUGGGUCCUCCCGGCUGCCGGUACCGCCAGGGGGCGCCCCCACGGGUGGUACGGUCCGUGCUGCUCACAGCGCCCCCUGGAGGGGGGAGGACUUGGGGGGCACAAUAAAGGUGUGUACCCCUCCCCCA